CAACACUGCUACUGACAGAGAGUACGUUCAGGCCAUGAAGAUCGUUCUGGAGUCUGAUCCGACCUCUCUCAGGAGCGAAGGCAUUCAGGAGGUGCUGAUUGAUGAAGAUAUACUGACGGUGACCGUAUCAGAGGCUCAGUGUUCUCCGGAGAGCCUGGGGAACGGUCUGGAGACGGAGAGCUUUCUGCAGAAGGACAGCACACGGGACGGGGAGUCGAGCUCCGAUCACAGCCAGACGUCUGCAGCGAGCCGAGCCGAGCUACUGCUGUCUCCCCUGAGCUUCUGUUCUGAAGAGCCCCGGUCUCCUGUGCAUCUCGUCUACCAUCCACACGACUGCAGCGCUGCAUGCGUCCCGCAGCUGCUCUCUCACGCUGACCGCUUAAUGGGUCACAACCCGCUGCGUGCGCCCAUGCUGUGCCAGUUCCAGCGCCACUGCGAAGAUUCUGACGCACAAGACACCGGUGUGCUUUAUAAAGCGCCGUGUGGACGGAGCCUGCGCUCCCUGGAGGAGGUGCUUCAGUUCCUGCUGCAGACAGACAGCCUCGGCGUGCUUCAGCCGGACCACUUCAGUUUCGACCCACAGAUUGUUCCAGAGAAUCAGGUGCAAGCUCCGGCCUCAGCUGCGCUGCUGUUCGAGCGCGACCUCAGCCACGGGAUCGAGUCGGUUCCCGUCUCUCUGUUCAACGAGCUGGACGGGACGCGGCCCAAAGAGUUCCGCUACCGUAAAGAGCGCUGGCCACACGGCUGCUUCCUCAGCGGCGCGCCGCUCUUCUCAGUGUGCUGCGACUGCACCGACGGCUGCGCAGACGCAUGGAGCUGCGCAUGUGUUCAGCAGACGCUCAGAGGCACGGGAGAGCAGCAAGCGUACAGACAUCACAGGCUGAGCGCACCUCUGAGCGCUGGGUUGUUCGAGUGCGGCCCGUGGUGCGGCUGUGCGAGGAGCCGCUGUCAGAACCGUGUGGUGCAGAAGGGUCUGCGUGUGCGGCUGCAGGUGUUUCGUACGCCGGACCGCGGCUGGGCCGUCCGCUGCAGGGAUGACCUCGACAAGGGGACCUUCGUCUGCAUUUACGCAGGCGUGGUUCUCCGUCAGCAGCAGAGCGUGGAGGAGCCGGCGGACGGAGAGCCGCUCGUGUCUGAUGAUGAGGUGGAGGUGGUGGAGGAGUGGAAGCUGCCCGCCGGACCCACGGAGACGGUCAGUGAGCCGCUGGACUGCUCUCCGCCGCUGUACGUGCCUGUGAUCCAGAGACCUGCCGACCAGCUCAAGGAUCAGCAGCAGCUCGGCGUCUCGUCGCUGGACUGCAGUCAGAACGGGAGCGAGGCGUGUGAGGAGAUCGUGAGUAAGAAGCCCAGACUGACCGAAUCAAAUGGACACGGCGCCGAGUCGCAGCACAAACACACACCAGAGCAGAUGUAUUACCUGGACGCCUCCAAAGAGGGAAACGUGGCCCGAUUCUUCAACCACAGCUGUGAGCCGAACCUGUUCCUCCAGAACGUCUUCACUGACACACACGACCCUCAGUUCCCGCUCAUCGCCUUCUUCACCAGCAGGUCUGUCAAAGCCGGAACUGAACUGACCUGGAACAUGUGACGCUGUGGUCAGACUGAGACGGUGUAAGCUCCAGAGAGAGACCAUGAGGGACGCUUCACACUGUAAUGACUACUUCAGGAAAAUACAGUUCCAGAGUUAAAUGUUUGGGAAUUUGUAUUCACAGUUUUGCCUGAUAAAUAAAAUAUUUCCAGCUGUUUA